UUGAACUCGUGCUAUAAACUAAGCAAAAACAAAAAUAAAAUUGAAUGAAGGAAGUUCUGUGCUAUUUAAAAAUAAUUAAUAAAUAUGUUCUAAUAAUUAAAAAUUAUUAAAAACAAAUCACAAAAAAGCAGCAAAAGAAGAAUUCGUGCAAAAUUAAAAAUUUUCGAUAAUCAGCUGCAGCAGAGGAUACAUUAGCAAGUGCUUAUUCUGCAAUUCAGCUGCUCGGCAGGCGGUCAUGUCGGAUGAACAUCAGCAACAACAGCAGCAACAGCAGCAGCAGCAGCAUCAACGUCAGCAGCUCUUGCAGCAGCAACAGCAACAGCAACAGAAAUGCUCGAAGGAUACCACGACAACCGCUUCAUCUUCCUCCUCCUCUUCGCCCACAAAUGCCACUUCCACAGCCACACCGCGCAAGUCGAAUAUUCAUGAGAUGCGCAAUCAGGACUUUGUUAGUCGACUGAUGGCAGCCACGCCUCCCUAUUUAUAUUCAACGCCGGUGGGUGCCAACAACUUUUUCUUCAGCGACAUGCUGCGCUCCCUGGUACAGGCACGUAACAACGAGAAUGCGCGCAAUCUGCAGCUGCAGCAGUCGAUGGUGUUGGCGCGCCGACCACGGAAGCGCACUUGGGCCCACCACCGGCCCUAUUAUGAACACUUGCGUGAACGUAAAGAGGCAGAAGAGAAACAACAGCAACAGCAGCAGCAGCAGCAGCAACUGCAACAACAACAGCUAGCAAGUAACACAGCAUCUUUAGUGGGUUUAGAAAAACCACUAGAACUUACAAAUAAGCCAUAUUUCCAAUUAGCCAAUAAAUAUCGCAAAUUGGAGGAUGCAACAGAUAUUAAGACUGCAAGGUGUGAGUCGGGCGGCGUCACAACACCCGACUCAACUGCUGCAAGUGCUACAAAUGGCAAUAAUGGUGGUGGUAGUGGUGGCGGCGCAGUGGAUGCUGUGUUGCAGGACACACCGCCUGCUGCCUCAUUGCCGCCACAAGAUUUGGUAUUGCCACCACCGCCACCCGUCUGGUAUCCACCACUCUAUCCACCCUACGGCAUUGAUCCGUUGCACUUUUUCAUCGAUCUGCGCGUCUCUGGUCAUAUUUACGAUCGCAAAAAGGAGAAUAUUUCACCGCUCACCAGCGCCGAUAACAGCAAUGCGGCCAAGGACUCGGAGGCAGCAGCCGGUGGCAAUGCCUCUGGUGUUAGUCUGUUAAACAAACAUCGUCAGGGCUCUGCCUUCACGGUACCUAUCCCGCGUUCAAAUGACUCAAAGCCUGCUGCUGGGCAUACGCUAGACGCAAUCAAUUUGACCUCCUCUGCCAUGGCAAGCAAAUUUGAAAACUACACGAAGUACUAUGAUUUGGGUGAAGCCAAAGAGAACCAACCGCUAACAAAAAAUAGCGCCAGCUACAUGUUGCAGCAUUUGCCACGUCUUUACAGCCAGUUUGCGGCACGCGAUUUAAUCGCCUCCAAUGUAGCUGCAGCUGCAGGGAGUGGCAACAGUAACAGCUACGACACUGACAAUAAAUCCGAACCCGAUUGUGAUGCUGAUUCCGACGGGCGCGCCUCUGUGGAUAAUUGCGCGAGUUUGGGUGGCAAUAAUCGCGAACGGGAUAUCGAUGUCGAAAUUCUCGACUCCAUCAAAUAUCGCACCGAUGGCGAGAGCAGCCGCUGUUCGAGCGCAGAUGAGGCUUCCAUCACGCAAAUCGAUUAGACAGUUAUUUAAGUUAUG